GCGACAGUGUUUGACGAGCUGCAUCACUUUGAACUUCAUUACUACUCUAGGAGAUUAAAAUCCUCGGGUUUAUUUUUCCCGUGCACGUAUUUACGCAUUUAAAUCUUCAAUAACAGAACAAUUUGUGUUGUAGUAUUGCUUACUAGUUGAAUUUAAGGUUCCUGUCGAGAAGAGAAGAUAUGGAUUUGGUGUGCCUGGUGUGUUUGGCGCUGAGCAUCGGUGCUUGGUUCGCUUGCGCAGAGAGACACAGCGUCUACUGGAACGGCUCAAACCCAAACUUCCUGUGGGAUGAGUACACAGUGGAAGUGCAUAUCAACGAUUAUCUGGACAUCAUUUGCCCCCACUACACCCACGGCGAGGUGUCAUCGCAUGCAGCUGAGCGCUACGUUCUCUACAUGGUGGAGAAGGAGGACUACGAGGUAUGCAAGCCUCACUCCUUCGACCAGCUCCGUUGGGAAUGCUCGCGGCCGUUCGCUCCCCAUGCUCCUGAGAAAUUCUCUGAGAAAUUCCAGCGUUUUACUCCCUUCACCCUGGGCAAAGAGUUCAGACAGGGAGAGAGCUAUUUUUAUAUCUCCAAGCCAAUGCAUCACCAUGGCCAGGAGUGUCUAAGGCUGAGAGUGGAUGUUAUCGGGCAUAACGGCGCCGGAAAGACCAAUCUAGAUAAAUCUAAGGUGGAAAAUACAGGAAAAAGUUUGGAUGGAGGAAAAGUGGCAUUUCCUGCUGGAGGAGUUCACAACCCGUCUAACCGGCUCCCAGCAGAUGACCCUGCUGUGAUGGAGCCAAACGUACAGAGGAGCAUCGGCAGUUCACAAACACAGCUGGUCUCCUGUUCACUCUUCUUCACCAUGAUCCCAGUCCUAUUAGCCAUGAUGCUACACUAAGGCUGAGCAAGACAGAGACAAUGUUAACUCAAUGCCGGUCAUUGGGACCAUGAAUGAACACUCAGAGAUUUUUUUUUAUACAUAUUUUUUAUACGAUGCAUGGACAGUGCUGUCAGUGUGCGUUUUGCGUGUUUGUUUGCGUGAAUGUGGAUCGUUGAUCGUUCCAAAGAAGAGGACCUUUUUUUAUUACUUUAUUAUGAGGAUCGAAGAUUCUCCUUUUUCUGAGCAUUUAAGAUGCACUCUUUUUUUUUCAGUCAUUACGAACAAAACUGCCAUCUAACUGAUCAAAAAUACUUAAUGGAUUAAUAUCAAAUUGAAAAUGACAAGAAGAUGACAUCACUUCAUUAUCCUGUGUUUUCACCAUUGGUACAGAUUUUGCAUUAUGCUCCUCAUCUCCAGAUGUUAGUCAUUUUUCUUCUUCUACAUGUAGAGAAAUUAUUAAUUCUGUGUAUUGGAAAUGUUGUCGUCUACUGUCAAAGUGGUAUACGUUGUGUAGGAUUUUUGUCAUGUUGUUGUGUAGCACUCAGCUCCCUGUUGUAUCUCCUCAAGCCUGUUUUAUCUCCUCAAGUCUGUCAAAGCUCCACUGUGAGAGCCACACUGAUACACAAGCAGUCACUGUGGUUUAGAUGAACCCCACUGAAAGCAUCUGAUACCACACACUUCUUUCACUUUAGUUAUAAGACAACACACGGAAACAAAUUGUCUAAUUCAGACCAGUGGGUUCUGUUCACAUUUAGUUUUGGCUCAUGAGCAUUCAAAGUGAUGCCUACUGCCGCUUGUGCAGAAUAAACAAGUAACCAUAAACAUAAAUCUAUUUUUUUUUAUAGUAGAAAUUCCCCAUGAAUUAAUUUGGCUCCUAGAAAUAUUCAAUUCAAUCAAUUUGUUGUGUCACAAGCCCUCACUAGUUGAUUACAUGUUCUCAUUAAGUAGAGAGCCACUCAUCAAUAGACAUAUAAAUGAAGAUACAUUUUAAAACAAGCAGGUGUUUUAUGGAGAUGAGCCUCUUCAGUACUUAUGGUUAUUCAUUCAUUUCUACUGUACAUGGUACACUGACUGAUGUGCAGAUGUGAUUCCACUUGCACGCUGUCAAACCUCAAACUGAAGGGACUUCCCAGAAUACAUUUACAAUUUUUUUUUAUUUUCUUGUCAAACAUGCUUGUGUGAUUUUGUAAAUGUAUAUAUGUACAUUUGUAUAUAGAGAAAACUAUAAGAAACAGUUUUAAUAUGUGAAAAAAUCUGUGAAAUAAAAUAAAAAACUUGAUGUAA